AUGUACCCGACCCACUUUCCUCUGCUACUAUUGUUAUAAAUCAAACGUUUAUACGCUCUUCAGGAGCUCUAAUUUCAUCUGCAAUGGCUUCUCUUCUAUCAUUCUUCUCCGCCAUUGCCGUUUCCCUUCUUUUCCUUCAACAAUGUCUUGCUUCCAAGCAAACAUACAUCGUACACAUGAAGCAUCACGCGAAACCUUCUUCGUUUUUAACUCACCAAGAGUGGUACGCCGCCAAUCUUCAAUCUCUUUCUUCUUCUUCUUCGUCUGAUUCGCUUCUGUACACCUAUGACACCGCCUAUCAUGGCUUCGCCGCCGUGCUGGAGCCGCAAGAGGCGGAGCUGCUCCGGAAGUCCGAUGAUGUUGUUGGAGUUUAUGAGGAUACGGUGUAUAGUUUGCAUACGACUAGAACGCCGGAGUUUCUAGGGUUGGAUGUUGAUCUAGGGCUUUGGGCUGGGCAUGGGCCUCAGGAGCUUAAUCAGGCUACUCAGGACGUUGUGAUCGGCGUUUUGGAUACCGGAAUUUGGCCGGAGUCGAAGAGCUUUGACGACGCCGGAAUGCCGGAGAUUCCGGCGAGGUGGAAGGGGGAGUGUGAGUCGGGUCCGGAUUUUGAUCCGAAAGUGCAUUGUAAUAAGAAGCUUAUCGGUGCUCGAUUCUACGCUAAAGGAUAUCACAUGGCUUCCGGUAUGGUCCGGUUUAAGGAACCGGAAUCGGCACGUGACCAGGACGGCCACGGCACGCACACCGCCAGCACCGCCGCGGGUGCUCCGGUGGCGAACGCUAGCCUCUUUGGUUACGCGCGUGGGGUGGCGCGUGGGAUGGCUACUCACGCGCGUGUCGCCGCUUACAAGGUGUGCUGGAAGGCCGGCUGUUUCGGAUCUGAUAUUCUCGCCGCCAUGGAUCAAGCUAUCCUCGACGGCGUCGACGUGCUUUCGUUGUCGUUAGGCGGCGGCUCCGCGCCGUACUACCGCGAUACGAUCGCGAUCGGGGCGUUUUCGGCGACGCAAAAGGGAAUCUUCGUCUCAUGCUCAGCCGGAAACAGCGGACCGGCGAAAUCUUCGCUUGCGAAUACCGCGCCGUGGAUCAUGACAGUCGGCGCCGGUACAAUAGACAGAGAUUUCCCCGCCUACGCCAUAAUCGGCGACGGGAGAAAAUUCACCGGAGUUUCACUGUACAGCGGAAAAGGAAUGGGGAAAAUGCAAACCGGUCUGGUUUACAACGCCGGAAAUAACGGUUCAGGCAAUUUGUGCUUACCCGGUUCGAUUGAUCCGAAAUUGGUGAAAGGAAAAGUGGUUGUGUGCGAUAGAGGCACAAAUCCUAGGGUUGAGAAGGGGCUGGUGGUCCGGCGAGCCGGCGGAGUGGGGAUGAUACUGGCGAACACGGAGGAGAGCGGCGAGGAGCUGGUGGCGGACAGCCACUUGCUGCCAGCGGUGGCCGUCGGGCGGAAAAUGGGGGAUUUGAUAAGACAAUACAUUAAGACGGCGAGGAAUCCCACGGCGGUGCUCAGCUUUGGAGGGACGGUGUUGAACGUGAAACCUUCACCGGUGGUGGCGUCGUUCAGCUCCAGAGGGCCCAAUAUGGUUACUCCUCAGAUACUGAAGCCCGAUAUAAUUGGGCCCGGUGUAAAUAUCUUGGCAUCGUGGUCUCUCGCAGUUGGGCCUACUGGGCUUGAAGAGGAUACUAGGAAGACUCCUUUCAAUAUUAUGUCUGGUACAUCAAUGUCUUGCCCACAUAUUAGUGGGGUAGCGGCGUUACUAAAAGCGGCACAUCCCGAGUGGAGCCCGGCGGCGAUCAAAUCAGCGCUCAUGACGACGGCCUACGCCCGAGACAAUACCAACUCUCCUCUCCGGCAGGCAGAAGAUUAUGCGGUUUCAACCCCGUGGGCGUACGGGUCGGGCCAUGUCGACCCGCACAAGGCCCUCUCUCCGGGCCUCGUCUACGACAUCCGCCUUUCCCAAUACAUCAGAUUCCUCUGUUCCCUAGACUACGCCGCCGAGCACAUUCAGGCCGUCGUCAAGCGCCCCAACAUCACCUGCGACAAGAAAUUCGCCGACCCCGGCCAGCUCAACUACCCUUCGUUCUCAGUACUCUUCGGAAAAUCAAGAGUUGUUCGGUACACCCGGAUACUGACCAACGUCGGAGCUCCGAAAACCUCCUACGAAGUCGCCGUUGAAGCGCCGUCGUCGGUGACGGUAACCGUGAAGCCGGCGAAGCUUUUCUUUAAGAAUGUCGGAGACAGGUUGAGGUACACAGUUACGUUUGUGUCGAAGAAGGGCGUGACGGGUAAGGACGCGUUUGGUUCCAUUUCUUGGAACAGUGCCCAGAACCAAGUUAGGAGCCCGGUCGCUUUCUCCUGGCCGGAGCUCUUUUAACUUUUAGCCGUCCGAUCACUGUUGAGAAUUCCGGUAAUCAGAAAGGGUAAAAGAGGGAUGAAUUUUAUUGGGAUUAUUUACAUUCUGCUAGAAAUUAAAGCUAAUGUAUUAUUAGAAUCGUUUUAAUUCUGUAUCUUCAUUUUCCGAUGAUCAGAAGAUCAAAUUGAUUCUAUUUGCUUGUUAAUAACA